AUGUAUUUUUCAGUAAACCAAUCGAGGCUUCUUUCAUCUAUUUUCAACUCAGUUUUUAUUGAUAUGCCGCCCAAGAAGGAGAAAUUCCAAAUUUCACCUUUUAAGAAUCAUACACCCGCGUUUGUGCGGGCCAAACGGGAUGAACUAAACAUCCUCAGGGAGACCCCCAUCAGAAAGAUGUCCUCGACACUAAGAGCUCGCAAGCUCGAACAAGAGCAAAAAACACAUGAGCAUGAUGGAGGCCUUUGGCACUCUGACUUGCUCAGAAAACAGACAGGGAAUGUUACCAGUGUGCCACUCAAAGAGGACGAGGCAGCUCCACUCCACAAAGGAACACCACUAGUACGGAAACGCAAUAGAGAAGUGAUGGUGUCGGGGGAUGAUGAUUCUGAUUACGACAAUUCACAUGCAGAAGAUGGGUAUGACGGUUAUCUUUCUAGCAUUGAGGGAUCCCCGCUACGCAAGAUUGAAAUUUCACUCAGACGAAGCUCUCCUCGCGAGGGCCCUACCUCGUCGCACAACUCGUCUCCCGCUGUGAGACCCCUUCCAGGUGGAAGAUUGUACGAGAUGCUUGAAACUCCUGUGAGACCCAGAUCUGACUCUUUGGGUGCUAAAUUUUUGCAAAGGGCACCCAGUCUGAAGCCAGAUGAUGGUGAGGAGUCGUUUUCGGACGGAGAUGGCACGCAUUUCUGGACUACAGAUUCGAACGAGAAGGACUCGCCUGAGAGGACCGAGGAACCUAGAAAAGAUGAAGAACUGGUUGAGGGAUUGCCAGAUACUUCUCCCGGGCAAUUGGAGAGAUUGACGAAGGAGACUUUUGAGAGGGUUGAGUCUGGUUCUGGGUCUGGAAGGUUCUGGGGCUCGAGUCCAGUUUUUGAGAAACGCUUCGAGUUUGGGGAUAAUUCCGAAGAAACAGCUGUGGGCGUUGAAGAAGAGAAAUUAGAGCCAGUUGUGGAACGAGUGGUCGAAUCGGAGGCAGAGCCAGUGGCAGAACCAGAGUCGGCAGUGGAGGAAGAGCCUGAACCUGUUGCAGACUCAAUUGCAAAGCAAGAGCCAGUACAAGCUCGAUUGGAGUCGGAAUCAGAUUCGAAGUCAGACUCGGAGCAUGUGCAGGAACAGAAGUCAGUAUCUGCCCAAGCAUCAGAGUCAAUACAGGAGUCUUCUCCAAUACAAUCAGUGCGGCAAGAUGCACAAAUACCAGUUGAACCUGCUCAAACCCCAAUACAAGCUGCGCAGCUUUCCGAAUGGGACAAAUCAAAAUGGAGCAAGCUCAUAAACUACGUCACCACAUACCAAAUCCCAAAAGAUCCACAUGGCCUCUCCCUCAUCGAUGCAGAGCUUGUCCACCGGGAAUUCCAGUGUUCAGUGAGUGAUCUAAGCAUUCGUGUUGGUUGUGUGGUUGGUCUGAUCCAGCAGAGACAGCGCAAGAAGAGAAGGUUGGUGUAG